AUGAAAUGUACGAGGACAGAAACGCGAAACGCUAAUGCCAGAAAAUACGAGGAGUUGACCAAGGAUAUGAGCCACGAGUCGCUGGCCCUACACGUCUCGACAUGGUCUGGAAUACUGACAUCCGCGAAAAUCUUGGUUGCGAGAAAUCCGUACUUCCAUUUCAUGCCAUCAAGGAACGUUGCCGCAGGUUUGUUGCAGAACGAAGAUGUGCUUGGCGACAAUAAAGAAGGUUACAAAAGAAUAUUGAACGGUGGGAAGUUCAUAGGUGCGUCUGUGCUCAUAUUUUGCGCUGCCACUGCGUUUACGGCUGGAUUUUUGGCCGCUCUAUCACGAUCCAAGAAGCAGCUGAGAAUUCAUUUAAAGCAUAGUACUACCCCUCACGAUUACCUGUUUGCCUUGAAAGCUUUUGGUGUUGGCAGUUUAGCCGCUUUUUCGUCGGUCAGCGCCGUAGUGUUUGCAGCGCGCAGAUUUUUUGACGUUUCUGAUGUAAGUGACCGCCUACCGAAGGUCUUGCCACGUAAGAACCGUAGAUCAUCGUACAGCUCAAGCAGUGGACGAAACGAUUUCGCGAAUCUUCAGGAGCUGGCCGAGUAUUUGAUCGAGGAAGACCAGAAAAAGACGUGA